AUGGCUAAGCAAUCUCUAGACGUUUCCUCCGACAGAAGAAAGGCCAGAAAGGCCUACUUCACCGCUCCUUCUUCUGAGCGUCGUGUGUUGAUGUCCGCUCCUUUGUCUAAGGAGUUGCGUGCCCAAUACAACGUCAAGGCAUUGCCAAUCAGAAAGGAAGACGAAGUUUUGGUUGUCAGAGGUUCCAAGAAGGGCCAAGAGGGCAAAAUCUCCUCCGUUUACAGAUUGAAGUUUGCCGUCCAAAUCGACAAGUUGACCAGGGAGAAGGUGAACGGUGCCUCCGUUCCAAUCAACCUACAUCCAUCCAAGCUUGUCAUCACUAAGUUGCACUUGGACAAGGACAGAAAGGCUUUGAUCGAAAGAAAGGGCGGUAAAUUGGAAUAA